AUGGAAGUAGACGCGGAAGCAUACAUGUCGUUUGAUAUUCCAUUUGAUAAACGGGAUCUCGUAAGGAAUAAUGAAUUUUAUGAUGGUGAUAUUCGUGGAGAUCCUCUAGAACAUGAAAUGAAUGAAUGUGAAGUAAACAGUGGCAUCGAGAAUAUUCAAAAUAGAUUAUUUGUGGAAUUUCUUGAUGACAAUUCCAAACCAGAUCUUGACUUGAAAGAUUACAGCAAUAAAGAUGUUGAUACUUCGGAAAAUAGUCCUUAUCUUAAAAUGUCUUUAGACAAAGAUAGAUCGAUUAUUAUAAAAAAAUCAACAUUUGUUUGGUUACUAGAUGAAGGAAAUGGCAGAGUGAGUUCUGAUCGCCUGAAGAGAUUUGUGGUUACGAAAAAACGAAGUAGCAGUACCGGUACAGAUGCAAAAGCAAGUAAGCAAGUGAAAAAUAAAUCCAGACAAGAAAGUGAAACUGAUCCCGAUGAUGACGAGGUGGUAUAUGAUGACUCAACUGAUACUGAACAUUUCUCCGAUGAUGCUCAUGAUCCUACUGAAAUGAAUAAUUCAACCCAACUGGAUAUUGAGCUAUCACAGGAAAAAUAUUAUGCUGUUAUGUUACAAGUUCCCAUUGCAAAAUUAAGCCCACUGCCAACAGUAACAAGAAAGUAUGAAGAGCGAAGGAAAAAAGGAGCUCAAAAGGCGAUAGUCGUAACUUGGAGUCCAUAUAAAACUGAUUUAGAAAUAUCGAAAGAGACCCAAGCAAAGAAGAAAGCGAAGAAGAGAGCUAAGACUAUAGCAAGUAAUGUAUUUUCGAAGGAAAAAGAUGAGAAGCGCGCAAACAUCGAUGAAAUUGAGGAAGCAGGUCCUAGUGGAAUUGGGGGGAAGAAGAAAAAAGCAGAAAUUGCCUCCAGCAUAGCAAAAGUGGACAUUGUAAUGGAUAACGAAGAAUGGUACUGUUUCCUUUGUAAUGAAACCAAUAUUGAAGAUAUGGAGUCAACUGCGCGCUCGAUCCCGCCCGUUGCGUCUGUGUCGUUCUCUCUUCUCCGGCAGGGGUCGCUGUCCACAGGAUUGGAACACAUUGUAUCCAGCGUCUCUGGCAACACCGCACCUGGCGGUGCUAGUAGUGAGUCAGGCAUUUCCGAAAGAUCGAUAGGGGACUGCGCGUGUUUUUUGUAUAAGUUUGUACAUUUACCUGUGGAAGUGUGCAAGUGUGCAUUCACUUUUAGACAAAAUAUUGGGCGUAAAAUAACCAGCGAAGCUCACCAACAUUUCAAUUACAUACAGGUAGAGGACAAAUCAGUGUGUAAACUAUGUAAAGAUGUGAUAAAGGGUCACCAUGCAACAAAUCUUAAAAAACAUCUGAUUCGGUCUCACAAUUUCACUGAGGAUCAGUUUGGAACAAUAACAUCAGUGAAUAAAUCAUCUAAUCAACCAAAUGUCAAAGAAAUGAAUACAAUCAAAAUUGAAAUCACAAAAGAAAUAUUGAUUGAUGCCUGUGUUGAACUAGUGACUGUUAAUGGAAGGCCCUUCAGUUUGAUGGAAGAUUCUGGUUUCAAGAAAAUAUUGGAGCCAAUAAAAGCAGGUCUUUCACGAAAAACGAAAGACAAGCAUUUUUCUCUAUCAUCUGAAUCUAUUCAGAAAUAUGUGACCAGGGAAGCUGAUGAUGUAAGGAGAAAAAUCAUAGAAGAAGUAACAAACUGUAUGGUUUCAGUGAAGGUUGAUGGUGUCACUAGAAUAGAUCGCUCAUUUCUGGGGAUAAACAUUCAAUACAUCAAGAAUGGUCAAAUUGUGUUGAGAACUUUAGCACUGAAGAAAAUCACUAAUCAACAUACAGGAGCUAAUUUGAAGACAAUGAUCAUGGAUGCAUGCAAUUCAUUUCAAAUUGGCCUUGGUAACAUUUACAGUAUAACAACAGAUAAUGGAUCCAAUUUGUUGAAAGCCAUUAAAAUCAUUGCCUCCGAAAUUGGAGAAUAUGAUGUAAUUGAGAAUGAAGUAGAUAAUGAUGAUCAAGAUGAAUUCAGUGAAAAUAUUGAAAUAGUUGUAGAGGAUGACUCAGACAUGGAAGGAAAUUCUAGGUCAGGGGCUGGGCUGGAAUUUGGAAGUGAUGCAUUUUUUAAAAUAUUUUAUAAAAAUUUUCAAGAUUUCAAUAAUGAUGGUUCUUCAACUUCUACUUUACCAAAUCUAAGAUUGAAGGUGACAGGUAUGCGUUGUGCUGCACAUACAUUGCAGUUGGCAAUUGAAGAUACCCGGAAGCAGGAUACAAUAGUUGGAAAGUUGUUAUUAGAAGUGAGAAGAGUGGUGAAGACUUUAAGAACCCAAACAUUCAUGUAA